AUGCACUUUCGUUCUCCCAAACAAUGUAGAGAACGAUUCCACCAAAACCUCAAGCCAUCUUUGAAUCACACUCCAAUUUCAGCUGAGGAAGGACUUAUGAUUGAGCGCAUGGUUAAUGAGAUGGGUAAGCGCUGGGCAGAGAUUGCACGUCGACUGGGCAACCGCAGCGACAAUGCAGUCAAGAACUGGUGGAAUGGCAAUAUGAACCGCAAGCGAAGAGGCCUUGUGGUACAAACGACAAGCCAGCAACACUCGCGCACCUGCAACGGCCGUAUUGAGGCUCCAUAUCCUCGAGCCAGUGAACACCGACUUCAUCAUAAUAACAGACGACCAUCAACUUCAUCAAUCACAAAGGCUUCUCUCAGCCAAAGCCCUGUUACAGUCUCCCAGUUGAUUCUACAUGAGCGACCAGUCUCUCCAAGCCACCAAACCGACAUCUCACGGCGGCUUGCACCUAUUCUCACAUCUACGACCGGUAGAAUAGAACCAUCGAUGACAUCUCCAGCAUUCUCAGAGAUCUCAACUCUUGAGCCGCCAUCAAUGGUGUCAGAUCACAAUUCAGUUUCUUCGGCUUCACCGAGAACAUUACCGUCACCUCAGAUGUUGCCGCUCCCCAUUGAUUCCCGCCAAGCUUCCUGGUACUCAGAGCAACAACGACGAGGAAGCAUGCCUACUUAUUCUUCGUACCUCACCUCUACCGCUAGGGACGAAAUUUACUUUUUGCACAACCCCGAACAUGAGAUUAGUUGUGCUCGACAUUGGAGUGUCGACCACAACUACAAAUCCGUUGCUGAGACGGCUUCAUCCUCAGAACGUCGCGAUUCUCGCAUGGGUCUCCAGUCUUUGCUCAAUUAA